AUGCCGAUCCUAACUCCGGCCAUCAGACUCGUGGUUUUCAGGCAAAGUCUUCGACCACAUUCCGCUGUUGCAUUCCUCGUUGAGUUCCUCUGCUUUGUCUUAGAGCUACUCGACAAGGAGAAAGAUCUAGCAAAGAUAUUCGGCAUCGUUUCUGCUUGCGACACAUUAAUCUUCACUAUGCUCGAUGUAAUCCAAAAUCUGAUCGAAGGAGUGAAAAUACGAAGAUGCGGUCAAGUGUUUUGGCUUUACAAAAACGAUGGGAGUCUCUAUUGGCACACACUAAACGCGUAUUUACUGAUGUUGUCCAUUGUCCACGUCAUUGGCUCCGCAAUUUCAUAUAGGUCUCGUAGACGUUAUCUAGUCUUGCUCCCGCUUUUUGUUGCUGGCCUAGAACUUCUUCCUCAAGAGGCAUAUCAGGUUCUUGGAAAUGAUCAGAGUCAAAACCUUCAAGAUUACGUUGAGCCAGAUCAAGUUCCACGAGAUUGUAUCGGGCCUCUUCAGAAUCCAUUAGAUGGUAUUGAGCUGGAGGAAGGCGAUAGAGUGCCGGAUCAAGAAGUUGCUGACCAUGUUGCGCCUGAUGGUGGCUCAUAA